UGCUUGGAGACGCCGGUUGCCUGGCAACCCACAAGGAACUCGAUGGCACCGGCCGCAGCUUGGUUUCAACCCCCGAAAUUUCCUUCUUUAGGCAAAAAUGUAUCGCUCUGGCGAGAUCUACCUGCCAAGGAAGAAAAAAGUUCCCGAAACAUUCCACUCCAAUACGUUCAGGAUUUUUGAUGAAAAUGUGUCAGAAAGACUGGAACUGGAUCAGUGCUGUAAAAAUAACCCAGUUCGGAGGACAGACUCAGAACAACAGAAUUUAAAAGACACACACCAUAUACCUCAUCCCUACUAUGCUAAAUUCAUAAGAUCUAAUGCCAGAAGUCUCAAUGCUCCGAUAUUUCACAUGGAAACAGACAGUACAAUGGCUGAUCAGUGUAACUGGUGGCCAAAUGGGACUGGACAAAAUGUCAGACAUGACCCCCCCUACAGCAGAGCAAGCACCCAGCAGACGGCCUUCCAGGGGCUGCUACAGUCUUGUGCUCCAAGCACAAGAUAUGGAAACAGCCCAAAUAAGUCCCCAUCUUCGGGAAUUGUUCCCACGGUGAGUCCUAUUGCACAUACCAAGGUUUUGCAGGAGCAGAUGUCGUUUAUUCAUCAGUAUGAUUCCAGGAAGUUACAAAACCAACCUUAUCAGGGAAAGCGCCACGGAGCCUUUGUGUGGACAGAGAUAAAGCCGGCGAGCAAGCCGAGGGCUCCCGGCGGAGCAGACGCAUUCCUGACUGCUGAGAGGUCGCGCUGUGUACCGGCGCAGCAGAAGGCCCAGGGAGGAAGCCGGAUGACCUCACCAGAGCUGGUCUCGCAGCAUCCUCGGCAGAUGUCGGACGCUGGAGCUGGCUUCUCUAAAGGGGGCCUGGAAGAGGCCACCCGGGCCUAUCCCAGAAUUCCAGCCCGAGAGAAAACGAGGCAAGGCGUUCCGCAGACAGCUGGACUGGACAGCGUUCCUUCCAAAAAGGAGGCGGUUCCCUCUCGGGGAACUCCAGCUGCUCCUCGAGAGAAAUUCCAGGACCGGACCGACAGCACAUAUACCAACUUUAGUGCUGUACCCAAAGCUGCUGCAGUAAUCAAGCAGCCUUUAGCUGAUGCACAAGUGGGCCUGCUUGAUCCAAGCGCUGACAAUAACCCCAGACACCAGCUGACACCAGUAGGGAGUUAGCUUGAACAGUGGAAGCAUUUUGAUGGCAGCAGCUGCACUCCCCUUUGAUCUGACAUAUUAGAUUGUAUCGAUCUGGCUGCUGUAUUAGGCUGCAUUAUUCUGUCCUUGAUUGUUUUCCCAACAUCUGUGUGCUUAUUAAAAUGUUAGUGCAUGUACAUUCAGCAUCUUAAGAGAAGGGUUAAAGUUGUUCCUCUAAACAGUUGUGUAAUGUACUGUAAUGCAGAAAAUCUUGUUUUAAAUCAGGAAAGCAUCUUUCUUAUGCAUUAGGAUGGAAAACCUCACAUUUUGUUAUGUGCAUGGCUUAUUCCAGAAAGCAUGCAUAGUAGCAGUUGGAAACAGUUUGUUGAUUUUGGAUUUUUUUUUUGCUUCUUUCUCAGUAUGGUUUUUCUGCUAUUUGGUUUGCAGUAAUUAGAUUUGCUUUACAGCAGAUGGUCUGUGGCUCUGCUCUGGCCCUGGAAGUACUCCUGCACUUGUAUGCUGCUGUUGACAAUGUUUUGAAUCGGCUUCAGCACUGUCAACCAGACUAGCUGGAACAAUAACCAUGCGGGCUGGGCAGGGCAGCAGCUAAGUUAAGUACAGAGGAAGUACACAUGAGAUGACUUCAAGGGGGCUUCUUGUAACCAUGGAAACCGAGCCAUGCUGAGAUAACCAACUGUGUGGCUGCAUGGAUUAAAACUGUUAUUUUUAAUUUUCCAAAGAAAUCUUGUGAAGUGGAAAACAGAUGAUUUUAGGUACAACAAGAAUUGAACAGUAUGCAAGAUAAGGAAAGACAUCAUGUUGGACAAGAUAUCAGCUUAUAAAACAAGACUGGUGAUUGCAGAAGGAGAAGUAGCAAGUGAGUCAAGGUUAUGAGCAUACUUCAUGCAUCAUAACUUCAGAGUCGUGUGUGGCAAUACAAGAUUAUAUUCUAGCUGCAAAAUCAUCUGUCCUCUCAUCUGGCCACCUGGUUUUUUUUUUUAUAACAAUCUGAUAUUGCACAGUCAUUUUCUGAAUCCGAAUAAAAGCCAUACCUUCA